CACAAUACGGUGCAUAGCGUACCAGGUACUGGGAAAGUACAGCAAGAGUACCAACGCAUGGAAGGAUUAUGAUGAAAUGAUUACAAGGAGCCUUCAACCUAAACCUACAAAAACUUCCUCCAUCAACCAAAGCGAAAAUCUAUGUCAUGCCAUUACUUUGAAAUAGCAACAAACAUCAAUCAUGCUCAGAAAUCCAUACAGGCGCAAAAAGUCGCGGAGACUAAUGAAUGGGUUUGCUUUAAUCGGCGUAACGUUGUUUUUUGUCGGGACGAACAUGUUCUUAGUCAAUUUCCUUCCCCCUUWUGACACAUCACAUCGAUCUAUGAGUGACAUCGACGAGCAUCUAAAAGAUGGAAAAUACUAUGACGCAAAAAAUAAAGACAUUCUGCACGUUGUCACAUCAAGAUUCAUGCAAGACCAACCACAAUUAAUCGCACUCGGAAAAGCCCGGCUGCGACUGUUUGAAACCUUUUGCCUUCCAACAAUGCUGAACCAAAAAGUCGACAACUUCAUCUGGUUUGUUAUGACAGACCCAGAGCUCGAUCGGGAUCUUCUCUCCGACUUACAAUCCUUGCUUCAGCCCCACCCCAAUUUUUAUUUGGUAGCGUCYAACGCCAAGCUGCUGACCCCCACGAAUAUUACAUCCAUGGUACCAUUAGCCAAAAACAAAAAGGAUUAUGCCGCUUCCGAUGAUACAGCGGUUGUCGAGAGCAAAGUAGUGUUGACAGGAAACAUCGAGAUGUUGCAUUCUCGAAUGCUGGACCCUAACCGAACUUUAUUGAUAGAGACUCGAUUGGACGCGGACGACGGGUUACAUUUCGACUCCCUAUCCGAUAUACAGGAAACAGCAAGAGCAUUGCCAGUCGACAAACGAGGAUGGCAGAUUAUUUGCAGCAAUCUUCAUUAUGAAUGGAGGAACAAUGAAGUUACGCUCGUCUCAGCGAACAAAACAAAAAUCGAAUCUCCAGGGGUCUUGCGGGUCGUGAAAGAAAGUAUAUGUGUCACACCGGGAUACACGCUCGUGCGCCAUCGCGAAGCACCAAGUUUCGAAUUUCCGGAAUGGCCACCAAUGGGACACAACGUAGUAACUCGCGAUUGGCCCGAGUGCAAGCUUGUAGAAAGCGAGGCAACAGCAGGCGUGUCCAACAACGGAAACGCUACUUACGACUGCUGGAAGAGAUUGGGCUACUAUCCGAGUGCAAUCCGAUCGAGGACUAUCACGAGCGCUGGAAUGUCGAGAGUGGAUACAAUACCGGGAGCAAAAAGCAAGUUCGAGAACCGGUCUAUUCUGUUUUGGAAACUAGUACAACGAGACUUCAAUAUUGAACCAGAAAGAGCUAUUUUUACCUCGCAAUACAUUCACGAUAAUCUGGAAAGCGUCGUCCUGGACAAUCUAAAGGGACAGUGGUAAGUCCUUCAUAAUCAUCCUUGUUACUUUUAUAUUCGUUUUCCCAUCAUAUUUAUCAUUUCUUCCCAACAUCAUCUCAUGGUUGUAAUUUUUGUUCUUGUCUACAAUGGCAUCCACAGCACGUUUGGUCAUAGCUGCAAAAACAGCAGCAAAAUCAAGUUGGAACAAUUAUUGGCGAAACAUAAUCAAUCAAAAAUAGAUUGGAAUGUAGAUCCUCAAAGCGCUUAAGACAAUGCAAGCACAUGGAAUAGUCUUUCUUGGGAUAAUGUAGACAUAA